CUAAAUUCUUCAAUCGAAUACACUCCAUUCACUUUCACUUCAAACAAACCAACAAACUCUCUCUCAUUUCUUCUUCACUUUUCCCUCUUUUUUUCUGGAUCCUCUCUACUCAAUCUCUUCGAUUCACGCCAUUAAUCUUCAUCAAUGGAAGCUCAAAAUCUCUCUGAAUCUUUACCCCAAUCUUUAGAUUCCUACUCUUCUCAACCUCCUCACCAAACCAUGGCUUCUUACCAAGAACUCAACGACCAAACCCUAACCCUAGCUCCCACUCAAUCUGACCAUCAAACCCUAGAUUCUUCGCUGUUUCAGAACAAUAACAACAACAAUCACCAGAAUGGAAAUGGGGUGAGUGAAUCUUUGCCGAAAACCCAAAGUGGGACUACUACGGCCGACAGAGAUCAAUCUGGCGGCGAAGAGGAGACGACUAGCCGUCGAAAACGCCGGAGUAGGUGGGACCCGCCGCCGUCUUCGGAUGAUGGAGCUGCUGCCGCUGCUGCCGGAGAUGGUGCCGGAAGAAAAAGGAAAUCGCGUUGGGCGGAUGACGAGCCGAAGCCGGCGUAUCAGUUGCCUGAUUUCAUGGGAGGUAUUGAAUUUGACCCUGAAGUUCAAUCUCUUAAUAGUAGACUUCUUGAAAUUAGUAGGAAAUUGCAAUCUGGAUUGCCUUUAGAUGAUAGACCUGAAGGGGCUAGAUCCCCGUCUCCCGAACCAGUUUACGAUAAUAUGGGAAUUAGAAUUAAUACUAGGGAGUAUCGUGCUCGUGAGAAAUUGAAUAGAGAGAGACAGGAGAUUAUAUCGCAGAUUAUUAAGAAAAACCCGGCUUUUAAGCCUCCAGCUGAUUACCGGCCUCCCAAGCUUCAUAAGAAGCUUUAUAUUCCUCAGAAGGAGUUCCCUGGUUAUAAUUUCAUUGGUUUGAUUAUUGGACCGAGAGGGAAUACUCAGAAACGGAUGGAGAAGGAGACAGGGGCGAAAAUUGUGAUUCGGGGUAAGGGUUCUGUUAAAGAAGGGAGGUUGCAACAGAAGCAGAAUUUGAAACCUGAUCCUUCGGAGAAUGAGGAUUUACAUGUUUUGGUUGAGGCUGAUACGCCUGAAUCACUUGAGGCUGCUGCUGCUAUGGUGGAGAAGCUAUUGCAGCCGGUGGAUGAAGUGCUUAAUGAGCAUAAGAGGCAGCAGUUAAGGGAGCUUGCUGCUUUGAAUGGGACUAUUAGAGAUGAAGAGUUUUGUAGGCUUUGUGGUGAGCCUGGUCACCGACAGUAUGCGUGUCCUUCGAGGACUUCAACCUUUAAGAGUGAUGUGCUGUGUAAAAUUUGUGGUGAUGGUGGACAUCCAACUAUUGAUUGUCCAGUUAAGGGGACAACUGGGAAGAAGAUGGAUGAUGAGUACCGCAACUUUUUGGCAGAGUUAGGAGGUACAGUCCCUGAUUCUUUGGCCAAAGCUGAAGAUUCUUCGUCCCCUGUUGGGUCUGGUGGUGCUGGAAGCAAUCCACCUUGGCAGAGUAGCAGUAAUGCCAGUAGCGCACAUGCGGGUUUGGGCUCUAAUCCUAGUAAACCUAAAGAUUAUGAUGAUACCAACUUGUAUAUUGGCUACUUGCCACCUACGCUUGAUGACGAUGGCUUGAUACGCCUAUUUACUCCUUUUGGUGAGAUUGUGAUGGCUAAGGUUAUAAAGGACCGUGUUACUCAGUUGAGUAAAGGGUAUGGUUUUGUGAAGUAUUCCAGUGUUGAACAGGCCAAUGCUGCCAUUAACGGUAUGAAUGGCUAUCGUUUAGAUGGCCGGACUAUUGCAGUUAGAGUUGCUGGGAAACCUCCUCAACCCACCGCUCCCCAGCCUCCUGCUGCUCCAGCAAUGCCACCAUAUCCAGCUGCAAAUCAAGCUCCAGGCGCUUUUCCGUCUCAGCAAUUCACAUCUGGUGGGCCUCUGAGUAGCUCUGCUCCUGGGAGCUACGGUACUCCUGUCCCUUGGGGGCCACCUGUCCCUCCCCCUCCUUAUGCUUCCUAUCCCCCUCCACCACCUGGAUCAAGUUAUUAUCCUCCUAUGCAGAAUCAGUCUGUGUCUCCUUAUGGUGUUCAGUAUCCUCCUCCGUCUGUUCCAAGUAGCACUUCCACACAAACUGUGCCUCCUGGUGAUGCACACCAAAAUUUCCCGCCUGGUGUGCAAUCUCAGAGUAGCACAUCUGGUCAACCCCCUACAUCUAGUGUAUAUGGUUCAGCAGCUACUUUGGCACCGCCUGCACCACCUGCCUACUUACCUUCUUAUGGCUAUGCACCUUAUUAUGGAGCACCUCCUCCCCCACCUCCUGCUGAUCAGCCACAAAACAUGCAGAAUGUCCCAUGGGCUUCAAAUCCUCCAGCACCACCUGUAUCAGCUUCAGAACAGUCAACCCAGGGAGUAGAUAUGGAGUAUGAGAAGUUCAUGGCAGAGAUGAAAUAAUUCUGGUUUUGGCUUACUGCUUAAAUGCAAUGAGGCAUCAUGUUUCUUGGAGCUCUUGUGAACCUGAUUUCUUACAUAUUGCCAUGACUUGUUGGAAGUUUAGGACUCACCUCUUUAACCUUGCUGUACUGUUAUGACAUUUGCAGAGACAUGGGAUACAAGUUGAGCUCCUCCAGCCUCUAUUAUACUAGCAACUCUGAAGUUCAUCUAUUUUUACGUUUUCUUAUGCAGGACUUCUCUGUACUGGGAUUUCAUGGCAUUCAUGGAUCUGCUUCUAUUUUUGUUUGAUAUUAUUUUUGCUGUCAAGAUAGCUAAUAUGUUACCUGGAUAAGACUUGCUGAUCCUGUUUUGUAUUUUUUUUUUGUCAACUAUAAUGUUUCAUCUUCAUACAUUUUCUUAAUAUCCUAAUUUUUUUCAAGUGAUUACCACGUGUUCCUCACUGUGGUGGAAGUUUUCUUGUUGACCAUGCUGCUCACUGCUGGUAUGUUCUGAGCCUCUCAUGCCCUAUCAGGUAGCUGUUCCUGCAGGAUGGAAAAGGCUCCUAUUGGGGGUUUUUGAUUACUUGACAUUUAUAAAUCUACCCAAGCCAUUGAUUUUUUCACAUGCCAGGUGACAUUGCUAAUGUAAUUAUUGAGCUGUUAUUGGCAGGUUAAAUAGCAAUUCCUUGUGGUUGUAUGCUUGGAUUCUGCAAGGGAGAAUGUUGCUGCUUUUUGGAUGAUCCAAUGAAUUGUGUGACUUCAUAAAUUCUACUUCUAGUUAUUGAUAAUUAGUCCGAUUCUACACCACUCUAGACGUACUAUGAUAGCUCAGAUUAUGUUAUAAUUCCACUGUUAUGCUUCAUUAAUUUUAGUAGAAGUCUCUACAGAAGUUAUACCCUUUGAGGUUUGAUCAUUCCCUGGGUAUUGGUGAUACCUAGAGAAGAUAUACUAUUAGGAUAGACAACCAGUGAUAAUUUUGGUAUAGACUUGUGUGGUUGAGAAACUUGAGAUUUAGAGAAGUAUUAUAAGGAUAGGUAAGGUACAUUAGAGUCAUCGAUGAAAGGGAGAAUGAGAUGUUUAAAGAACUACAUCAUUUAAUGUUCAUAUUAAGGGUAUGGAACAGCAUGUUGUCUCAUAUUUGUAUGGAAAUUGAAUCUGGAUUCCGUAAUUAUCAGGUUAACCUUGAAUAGUUCUGAGGGCUGUGUAGCUUUCAUUUUGCAGGAGGGUGUUAUGAGUCAUAUUGCUGUCAUAGCAUAUAUUGUGCUCUUGGAAUGUCCUUUCCUUGUGAAUUCAUCUUUGUUGGUAGGCAUAGCAUGAUGUGACAGAACUAAGGCUUUUCUUUGUUUGUCACUUAGGUGGCCUGUUUUUCUUAUAGCCUUAAUUUCAUUGUCAUAGGUGUUCUAGAUAAACUGGCCUAGUUUGUAAUCCUCCAAUCACCUUCCUUACAUAGUAUCAAGCUGAACCAUGUACAAGUGUACAUGCAAUGGUUGAUAUUGUUAUGUGUGUUCAUUGCUUUCUUUUGUUGUCAAAGUGAGCCUUCAGCUUCAAAUUCUAGAUGUUCUUUUGUCUGGUAUGUAGAUUUUGUAGGUAUAAUUGAUGAAAUACGAGCAUUGAUCUUUUGAUUGGUUUUUCUGCCUUCUCAUUUUCUUAUGCCAAUCACCUGCCUAUUUCUAAAAUUUUCCCCCAUUGACGAUCUGAUUACACUUUUAAAAUAUCAAGUGGAAAUCAUUUGAUUGAGUUAAUGGGCAUACUGUAUACACGUACACGAGCACACACACUGACAUGUUCCAGUUACCGUGAUAGUUUUUUAGGCCAUGAACUACUACAUGAUUUUUGCAUGUUGUGCGUAGUAUAUAGUCCAUCAAUAAGCUGUUUUACUACUCACUCUCCUUGAUCUUUGUUCCUGAUCCUUAUCUCACUUGUUGACUUUGUGGUGACCUAGAGAUCUCACCUUGUGCCUUUUUGAGUGUGGUGAAACAUCAAAAAUUGUUAUUUGCUAAUUUAUUCUGUGCCUUGUUUUCCUUCUUGCUUGUUAUUAUAUGUUACUUCGUGACUGGUUUCUAUUACUUGUAUAGGGUUUUAUUCAACUGUUCUUUUGUUGUGGGGCUAGUCUACCAAGUUAUUAAUAUUAGAUGGCAUUUUCUUAUUUUACCUUCAUAUGUGUGUGAUUAUAAUCCUUGAUGAAUGUCCUGAUGUUACAGAACCUUUUUUGUUCUUGUUGAUCUAUUGAUAUUUGACUGAUAAUAUCAUCAGCCUUCUAUCUCCUUCUAGAAUUUCUAGUGUUGAAAAUUUUCUAAAAAUAACCUACUAAUAUUUUGGCUGAUAAUAUGUCUAUGUUAAUCUUUGUACAACUAGUAUAGUAUGUCAGGGGGUAGGAGGCCUUCAAAAGGAGUAUGCUGCUGUUGCUAAUCUGCUGGACAUCUGUUAACCUCAUCCUUUGAAGAAGUUGGUAUUCUCGUCUGAUUGCGAACAAUGGAUUUAAUUAGGGGGUGAUGUUGAACUGCUAGGUAUCGAUAAGAAGGCCAAGGGUUGGGUUUUUUUUUUCUUUUUUAAAUUCUAAUAUUUAUUCGGAUUUGGGGGUUGUGGUGUGGGCUUGAUACAAGCAUCUAUUGCUACUAGGAUAUGGGUCUGGUAGGCAGAUUUUUUUUUUUUUUUUUUUUUUGUUUUUUUGUUUUUUUGUAGGAAUUUUGUUAGAGGUAGCUGCUUUAUGCUUUGCAUUUGAAAUUAUGAAUUAUCCUCACUUUUGUGAAAAACUGUGUCUAGUUUUCUUGUUUAA